AUGAGAAACCACUCUAUGGUUACUGAGUUUUUGCUCUCAGGCAUAUCAGACACACCAGAAGUUCAGGUUGUAAUUUUUAUCCUUUUAUUCAUUGCUUACAUAUUAAGUGUCGCUGGAAACCUAACCAUCAUCACUCUCACCUUGCUAGACUCUCAGUUAAAGACUCCAAUGUAUUUUUUCCUCCAGAAUUUUUCCUUCUUAGAAAUUAUAUUCACCAGUGUUUCUGUCCCUAGAUUUUUGGGUUCAAUAAUUACUGAAGUCAAGACUAUUUCCUAUAACAACUGUUUGACUCAAUUAUAUUUCUUCCUUUCUCUGGGAGUGUCUGAGUUCUUUCUUCUAACUGCUAUGUCUUACGAUCGCUAUGUAGCCAUCUGUAAGCCACUGCACUAUGUUAUCAUCAUGAAUCAGAAAGUCUGCACUCUCCUUGUCCUCACCUCAUGGCUGAUAGGAUUUCUGAGCAUCUUCCCUUUAAUCAUGCUUAUCCACAAGUUAGAUUUUUGUGCUUCCAAUACCAUUGAUCACUUCUGCUGUGACUAUUUUCCCCUCUUACAACUGUCUUGCUCAGAUACAAGGCUUUUAGAGGCAUUUGGCCUUUAUUGUGCCUCCAUUACUCUGCUGUUCACACUAGCUCUAGUGAUCUUGUCAUACAUCUGCAUCAUCAACACCAUUUUGAGGUUCCCAUCUGCCAGUCAGAGGAAAAAGGCUUUCUCCACCUGUUCCUCUCACAUGAUUGUCAUCUCCAUCUCUUAUGGCAGCUGCAUUUUCAUGUAUGUCAAACCUUCUGCAAAUGAAAGAGCAUCAUUGACCAAAGGGGUGGCUGUUCUCAAUACUUCAAUUGCUCCCAUGCUGAACCCUUUUAUUUACACCUUGAGAAAUCAACAAGUAAAACAAGCCUUCAAGGAUUUGAUUAAUAAACUAAUGUUUAAUAGAAACAAAUGA